AUGACCACCGCGACGAUAUUUAUUCGGGAUCGUGAACUCAAGUCAAUUAAGUGUCGCGCCUUGUUGGAUACAUGUGCUACCGCCAAUUUCAUUUCCGAGGGUCUCGCGAGACGUCUAAGGCUCCCUAUAACUACAUGCGCAUUGCCAGUCGGUGCAAUCAAUUCAAUGAACACGAUUUCAAAAGGUGUCAUUCGAAUCACUAUUCAAUCGCUACACAGUGAGUUCCGCAAGGACUUGCGAGAUUCCAUCACAAUACCGUCCAAUAUAAAAUUAGCUGAUCCAGAGUUUCAUUUGCCGCGUCCUGUUGAUUUGCUGAUUGGUGCGGGGGCGACAUUGUCAUUAUUCUCCAUAGGCCAGAUCAAUCUAUCGAUACGAGAUAACGAUUUAUAUCUACAAAAGACGUGUCUCGGCUGGAUCGUAGCGGGCGGAAGCGCGUCGCGGAAUCAGCCGAAAACUGCGAUAUGUAAAUUGACUGGUCUAGAUCAACAGAUCGCGAGAUUCUGGGUGAUUGAGGAGAUAUCUGAUCCCACCGUUACGCCGAAAUCUAACGAGGAACUCGAAUGCGAAGAGCAUUUCACUAAAUUUGUUACUCGCAACCGCGACGGUCGCUAUACGGUGAGACUACCAUUUCGCAAGGAUAAGAUGAGCCUCGGCGAUUCGCGAACCGUCGCUCUCAAACGUUUAAAUUCGCUCGAACGGAAGCUCGACUCAGAUCCAUUGUUAAGGGCCGCCUAUUCGCAAGUAAUACAGGAAUAUUUAGAUCUGAAACAGAUGAUUCCGGUGAAUAACCCUUCCAAUGAAGGAUUUUAUAUGCCGCACCAUACGGUAAUCAAAUCAUCGAGUAGCACGACCCGGGUUCGUGUCGUGUUCGAUGCAUCGGCAAAAACGAGUAAUGGCACAUCGUUAAACGAUAGGUUAUUGGUGGGGCCGACUAUUCAAGAUACGUUAUUCGUUCACUUAAUUCGAUUCCGUACGUAUAAAUAUGUUCUCACAGCAGAUAUAGAAAAGAUGUAUAGGCAGAUAUUGUUGCACGAGGAUGAUCAGAUAUACCAACGAAUCCUCUGGCGCCAGAACGAUCAAAUAAAGACUUUGCAACUUAACACCCUUACAUUCGGCGUAUCCUCGUCACCGUAUCUGGCUAUACGAACAAUUCAAAAACUAGCCGAUGAUGAGCACGACGCAUAUCCUGACGCCGCCCGAGUUCUCAAGACGCACUUAUACGUAGAUGACUUACUUACAGGUACGAAUACCGUUAGCGAAGCUCGCGCGUUGCGGGAUGACAUAAUCACGGUACUUUCUCGAGGCGGUUUUAAUAUCCGACAAUGGGCGUCGAACGACGAACGUAUCAUUAACGAUUUAACCCCCGAUGCGGUGAAUACUAGUCUCAUGCUCGAUAAAAACAACCCCUUGAAAACAUUAGGCAUAGCAUGGCGCGCACACAACGACAAGUUAUGUUACUCGGUCCGCUCGAUCGAUCACGCCGAAAGAAUCACAAAGCGAACGAUUUUUUCCGAAAUCGCAAAGAUUUUUGAUCCUUUAGGCGUCUUAGGCCCUGUCAUAUUAUACGCUAAAAAAUUGAUGCAGAAUUUAUGGCAGUGCAAGGUAGAUUGGGAUGAAUCCGUCCCAUCCAAUAUACACAAAACGUGGAUAGAGUUUGCGACUCAAUUAGAUUUAAUGAAUGAGCUAUCCAUGGAUCGCCCUGUGUUGAUUUCGGAUUACACCGAUGUUCAAAUACAUGGAUUUAGCGACGCGAGUAACAUCGGUUACGGUGCCUGCAUUUACCUUCGUUCGACCGAUCAACGCAACAAUGUACGUUGUCGUCUACUUUGUGCGAAAUCUCGCGUCGCACCAUUAAAAACUGUGACGAUACCUCGCCUCGAAUUAUGCGGUGCGCUCCUGCUAGCCAAAUUAUAUCGCGAAGUGCAUCGUGCGUUAGGAAUAUCCCCUAGCAAGACGGUAUUAUGGAGCGACUCGACCAUUGCGUUACAUUGGGUGAAAACUCCACCUCAUCUAUUAAAAACGUACGUGUCCCACCGCGUUGCUCAAAUCCAAGAAAUUACUGACUUACAAGCUUGGCGACAUAUUCGAUCCGAGGAUAAUCCGGCCGACGCGCUAUCACGGGGUCAGUUACCGCAGGCUUUCCUGAAUAACCAAUCAUGGUUUUCCGGACCAUUGUGGCUAACGAAAGAGGAAGGCGAAUGGCCUAACGGUAUCGUAGAAUUAAAGGAAUUACCCGAAUUACGAAAAAAUAUAUGUAUAGCGACGGUCUCUAACGAUUGUAGCUUCCUUAAGAAAUAUUCGUCAUAUUCACGAUUAUUAAAAAUCACUGCAUUAUGCCUACGUUUUCGACCCAAGAACACUUACCGCGGGCAGCUAGGCAUAACAGAAAUAAAUUACGCGGAAACGAGAAUUAUAAGGAUCAUUCAAAAAUCUUGUUUUUCACGCGAAUUGAAUGAACUUGCGAAUGGGCGCCCGGUAAAGAAAGGCAAUAUUGCCGCGCUAAAUCCGUUCCUCGACGAAAAUGGGUUGAUUCGCGUCGGCGGACGCCUCAGGCUAUCAAAGUUAGCCUUCUCGCAAAAACACCCAAUUUUACUACCAAGUCAUUAUUUCUUAACGGAUUUAAUUAUAAGAGAAACGCAUGAAAAAUACUACCACGCCGGCAUACAAACGACUUUGUAUACGAUUAGACGCAAAUUUUGGCUACUCGACGGUCGAAACCAGGUGCGUAAAAUCAUACGAUCAUGCAUACGUUGCUUUCGAUUCAACGCCGGCUCGGUCGAUUACAAAAUGGGCGAUUUACCUAAAGCCCGAGUGAGUAACGCGACUCCCUUUGAUAAUACCGGGAUCGAUUUCUGCGGCCCUUUCUACAUUAAGGAGAAAAAGUAUCGAAAUCAAAAGCGAAUCAAAGUAUACGUGUGUGUGUUCGUAUGUAUGGCCGUAAAGGCAGUACAUUUAGAAAUCGUAAGCGACAUGACCACCGAUGGUUUUUUAGCAGCCUUGCGUCGCUUUAUAGCGAGACGAGGGAUACCGACACGCGUCUAUUCGGACAAUGGAACUAACUUUGCAGGUGCGAAUAAUCACCUGAGAAAACUAUAUGUUCUAUUCAACUCCGAUGAACACAGGAAUCGUACGAAUCGAUUCUCGGUUGAACAUCACAUUACGUGGCACUUUAUACCUCCCAUAGCUCCACAUUUCGGUGGACUAUGGGAAUCCACUGUAAAACUAAUGUACACCAACAAUAAAGCCAAUAGAUGA